ACAUGGGGGUUGUGUUCACAAGGGUGAGUGUACUAACUAUAGUGGGCCACUUUCCUUUCCUUUUUCAUGUCCCUGUGACAAGGCCUUUAACAGAAUUUGCAGAUUCACUGGACUCUGACAGGCUGCACCGUGAAUGCUUCUGCUAUGGCCUCGAACAUGCCACCUCUUGCCUGUCAAAUCAGCCACUGAUGCUAUUGGGAGUGGGGCUUGGCUAGACAGACACUAUUGACAGAUGAGGGAGUUGAUGGGUCUCCGAGGUGUGACUGUACCUGGAGCACUGCUCAGGACUCUCUACAUAAAACUACCAUCAGAUAGGUUCACAAUAGCAACAGAACUGACCAGAGACCUGGAGCAUUUGAUUUAUAAGAAAGUCUUGAGGGCUAGGUUAGUUGACAACUCAGAACCCACAGAAAGCCUUCUGGGGAGCGAGUUGGGUCCAUCUCCAGUUCAGUUACCAGGUUUGCAGAAGUACUCGGGUCCCACCAGGCCACUUACAGUCAGACUGUCACGAGAGCGCAGCAUCUAUCAUGAAAGGAUAUUUCACGUAUUUAACCUAGUAAAACACUGACCUGUAGGACUGCUAGAUGGAUGUUGUAUAACUUGGUUAGUAAUGAUUGAAGGGCAGCUCUUAUAGCCUGUAUUUACACAGUGUUAAGGUCCACGAAGGGAGAGAAUCACUCUGCAGGGUUAACUAGAGGUAAUGGGAUGAAAUAAAGAACCCUCCUAAGAGUGAGCAAAGGGUGAAAUUAGGGAUAUUUCCUGCUCUAAAUGUCUCUAAUUUAGAGAAAUUUUCAAAUUUUCUGUUCUAAAUGCUGAAUGUUGUUUUUUAAAAAAAAUAUAAAAGGGCUGUUGUUGUUUUUAUGACAGAUGCUUUGUGCCAGGCAGUUUAUUUCAGGUCCUCAGUAGGACAUAUGUAUCUCACUAAUUCCCUGUGUCUGGGGAGGUAUUAUCUCAGUAGCUAGAUUACUUGGGGUAGGAUGGGAAUGAUUUCCUGUGCUCUGCCUCUGCUGCCCAUGGGGAAAGUAGACCUUUGCCAGCGAUGACUGCGUUUCUAUUCGGUAGUGUUGCAAGGCAACCAGCUUGUGAAAUGGAAUGGGUUAACUGGCUAGGGAUGCAUUUUUCCCAGCAUGCAGAGCUGCCUUAAUAGGGAAUCUUGCUGCAGGUGUUAUUAAUUUGGGGAAGGAGGAUUCUCAGGAGAUGAUUAACCUAGCCUGGAUCAUCAUCACACACUGGGCAAUCAGCUUUUGCUAGGCUGGUGACAGUGAAUUGCAGGCAGUGGGGUUGUUGCUGUUGCUGUUGCUAGAGACAGACACUUCCAGGAGUCCAUCCUGUGAUCCUGUUGCUGAGCGUCAUCUGCCUUGCCUGAUAUGGAAGACAGCCUUGCAAGGCCUCCGAGCCCAGCAGGGCUCUCCUGCUAUGUGGCGAUCUCCCAGUUCUUGGGACUGACAGUGAUUGCCAUGACUGGAGCCUGGAUGGGCCAGUUCCGGGGGGGCAUCGCUUGGGAAAGCUUGCUAGAGUUCAACGUCCACCCACUCUGCAUGAUCAUUGGAAUGGUCUUCCUCCAAGGGGAUGCUCUCCUGGUUUACCGGGUCUUCAGGAACGAAAGCAAGCGCUCCACCAAAAUCCUCCAUGGACUCCUUCAUGUCCUUGCACUGGUCAUCGCCCUUGUGGGCCUGAUAGCCGUGUUUGACUACCACAGGAAGAAUAACUUUGCAGACAUGUACAGCCUGCACAGCUGGUGUGGCAUAUCAGCCUUCAGCCUCUACUUUAUCCAGUGGCUCAUGGGCUUCAGCUUCUUCCUGUUUCCUGGAGCAUCCUUCUCACUUCGCAACAAGUACAAAUCGCACCAUGUCUUCUUUGGCAUCUUCCUCCUUAUCCUCUCCAUUGCCACAUGCCUGCUGGGUAUCAAGGAGCUGCUCCUCUUCAGUAUUAAGACCACCUACAGCUCCUUUGUGCCUGAAGGGAUCCUAGCCAAUGUUCUGGGCCUGCUGCUGAUCACCUUCGGGCUGCUGAUCGGGUACAUCCUGACGCGGGAUGAGUGGAAGAGACCUCCACUGGCUGAGGAACUGGCACUGUCCAUGGAUUUUAAAAAUCUCACUGAGGGGGAGAGUCCCAGUGGCAGCCAGUGAUGCCCUUGCAUGGGGGAGGGCGAGGGUUUGGUGUUCUUAUCAUCCAUAGUCCUUGCUCUCAGCCCUGUGCAUGUGUGCUGUGUAACUAGAGCUCCACUGCUGUCUUGCGGAUUCUACAUCCCUGGUGUAUUGGUGUCCGCCUCACUCCCCUGCCACCCAGUGAUCAUCAAGUGCAGCUGGCAUGAGAGGGGAGGGCUUUAAUUCCUCAUGUGCAGGGGAGCCGUGUGCCAGUGCAGCUGCUCUCCAAGCCCACACUGUAGUCCUGUGCGUUGUGCUCCUGUGAGACAUGCAGGUUGCUCUUUGUUCCCCACUGAGCCAGGGUGCCAGUCAGGGCCUCUUCCCUGCCUCCUACCCAAAGCACUGAGGUCUGGCUUUGCUCAAGGGCUGCUUUCUUUAUGCUGCAGCCUUUAAUACCAGCCGAGCUCCUCUAGGUAUUUGGUUCCUUCUCCAAACCUCUUGAGGCUGGCAAUUUUGCCCCUCUUGCACUAGGAUUGCAGAGCUCUUACUUCCCAGCCUGGCAGGCCAGGCCAGGGGCACAGAGAAAGAACCUGUAGGUAAAUGUCUAAACCAAAUUCAGGUGAAAGAUGAGGCCUUCAACCUGGCUCCUAUCAUUUCAUGCAUGCUGCCUCAUUGUGCCUCCUGGAGCUCAUGCAGUACUGGAAACAGUGUUUGUGCCAGUCCACCUGGUCCUGGGUGGAUUUAAAUCUGUCCUAUGCUCCGUUUCAGUGCCCCUACUCCUUGGCUGAAUGCCAAAGCUUUGGUGCCUUUAAUGAUCACAGUGGUGUUUGUCUUGCCCUGAGGCGCGUUACUUCCUGAUGCCCCAUAAUGUACUGCUUCUGCAGAUUCCCAUCAGAUCCCAACCAGCUCACAACAGCCAGCCACAGGAGUGGAGAUGUCUGCCAAAGUCAAAGCACUCUCAAGCCCAUCUAGCUAACAACAUUUUGGAAGUACUUGUCCUCCUCUUUCCUGAUUCUCCCUGGUGCUCAGGGGCAUUUUUGGGGCAGGACUUCCAGCUGGACUCUGAGCAGGGAAGGCACACAGGGGAUUUCCGCUACAUUUUCUGACCUUAAAUGACUUGGUGAGCAGUCAGUUUGUAAAGUGAAAGCACAUGUCCUCUCUAAAGGGCUCGUGCCAGCUCCAUCUCUUACUGUUCGGAGCCUACAUGAGAAGCCCCGUUGCAUUGGCAGCUGCUUCCUUUCACAUCUGAUGUUACAGCUUGUCUCAUCCGCCUCCAAUAUUGGCUCUUUUUUGCAAUUGGAGACAGACAUGGGAUUCCUCCACUCCAGGUGCUGAAAGGCAUCACAAGUGCCUAGUGCUGCUGCACAGGCCUUUCCAGCUAGCAGUUACUCAAGGUUGAUCAGACAGUCGGUAUCCCUGCCUCUGAAUCGGUGAGUAACUCCAGAGUGAACAGGCUGACCUGAUGCAGACAUUUGGCUGUGGAAGCAGCAGGCUGAUGGGAGUGUUAAUAGUUCCAUGUUAGCAGAGUGAAGGAAAUCACCGAUAAAGAAUAACAGGCAAAGGGAACUGGGCUUGAGAACCAGCUGGGAACUCAAGGCCCUCUUCUGAAAGUGUGUUCAACCCCCUGCCUCUCUAGGCACAAGGUGGCACAGGGCACAGGUCAGCCUAGGGGCCGAGUGAGGCUGUCUGGUGACAUUGUUCCUGCCUGGACUGCCUGACAGAAGGGAGAGAGUUGCUGACAAGGGGAGGAGCUGGGAAAGCAAUAUUAGAUUUGUUAAUUAGCAGGUAUCCUGUGUAAACAGUGUUGCCAUGAACAAAAAGACACCUGGCUCUGCUAUUGAUCCCUGCCCAUAAAUGGUUCCCAGAGCCAGUGGCCUCUGCCCUGGUCUGAUGAUUCAGGGCAGACUCAAAUAUUUGGAGUCUUUCUAGACUGACCAGAUCCAGACAAAGUCUGAGUUGGGGAUUACUGUGUUUGCAUGCCGUACAAUCUCUUGCCCAUGCCCACAGGGGCUCUCAAACAACCUCCUUCCCUGAUGUGGCAUAAAUGGCACAAGUAACUGACUCUGGGGUUCUGCUGCCUGCAUUUAACUUAGCACUUUGUGAAAAAUUGGGUCCCUUUCAAAGGUGUUUCAAUGGAGCACCCACAAGUCGCUUAGUCUUGCCUGGAAGUCUUAGCUUAGAUCUUCUGUAUCAUACAAGACAGCAGGAAAGGUCAAUCCAUGGGGUGAGGAAGGAACGGAGCAAGGCGUUUCUUCCAAACGCUUCAUUAAUCCCACCCUGCCCAUACUAGUCUCGAAAGAAACAUUCUUUCCUGCUCUGGAACUGAGGGUGGACACAGAUGUGCCUUCUGUUGCCUUUGUGGUGCCAUGACAUUUUUUUAUGGCAGCACAAAAGCCAAGCUGUCAGAUGUCGGUGCCCCUUGUUGCAGCACAAAUGUGGCUUCGACAAAGGUACCAGUUUGUGUCGCUGUUUCAUGCCAGAUGUUUAUCAAGUGGGGGGUUCAGGUAGCCCGGAGCCAGCUGUGCUCUCCAGCUGCCCUGAUAGGUACUCUGGGGGCUUGAGGGGCCCAAUCCUGCACACCCCAGGAAUUUCUAUGUUGGAUCAGACUCCUUCAUCUCUGGGAGCUGCUGCCUGGCUUUCCCUUCUGUGACAUGGCCCUGGGGAUCCUGGGGAAAAGAGGGAAAAGCCAGACAUGUUUGCAGGGAUGGAGGAGUCCAGGCCUGCAUGGGAACUUCCUGGGUGUCCAGGACAGCCCCCUCAAGCCCUAAGAGAACACGCCACCCAUUGUCCUGCAGCAUGAAUAGGCAGAACAGUAGGCAAUGUGUUUCACCCACUGAAGUGGAUCUGCUGUACCAAGACAAGACCUAUGCCAGCACAGCUGAUCUCCUUCAUUUGGCAAUAUCUGUUUCUACCUUGAGUAUUUCCAUACUCAGGGUAUGGGCCUGCUGCUUAUAACCUUUCCAAGUAUGUGCUAGAUUACCAGGAUGGAGAUUGAAAGCCUGUUCCCUGCUGACAUUAGUGGAAACAGACCUUCAGGUGAAGCCCUAUGGAAACAAUUGCCUAAAUCUGCACGCUGUGCUCAGGGAAGUAUACCUCAGUAUGCAGCUGUCCUGGGAUGCACGGUGCUGCAGCAGCCAACUGCCAGUAAUCAGAGACACCACACAAACCUUUUCUAUGUCAGCAAGCACCUGCUGUGCCACAUGCCAGGUAUUGACCUGGCACAAGAUGCUGUUGAUAAUGUUUAUACUUGAAAAUAUUUUCUACACAGUUGAUCUUUUUUUGUUGCUGUAAUUAAUCUCUGAAAGAAACCCAUUGUGUGUGGGGGGAGCUGCACUAGCUGAGCUGUGGAUUUGUUGGCUCAAAUGCCUAUUGAAAGCAGAAGAAAAAUCACGUUUUGUGCAACUUUGACCUGAAAUGUUGUCUCCUAUCAGAGCUGCAUCUUGCUGUACUGUGUGCCAUGCUGUCUGCUUUGUGGAUGCUCCUGAGUCAAUAAAUAUUUGCAAUGA